AUCAGAGAGGAUCCUGUUAUGGUAAACAUUGGUUAGCUGUGCAGCCAUCAUUUCUUCAUGGAGUACUACCUGUGACUACAACAGCCAAGUGAAACUUAAAGAUACCGGCGACAGUUUUGAAAAAUAUUCCGUCUUCCAGCUAGCUAGCUGCCUCGCAAGUAACUGAUUCAUGAUCUCUUUAUCCUUUAAUUUGAUCAAUGAUUGAAGUUAAGAAAAUCAUGCUAUUUCUCAUCAAGUCAAUUUUAUUAGUAUUAGAUUUCACUUUUAAGUUAUAAUUAAUAAAAUUAGGACUGUAAUGAAAGUUGAAGAUUACUAUAUAUGAAAUUUGCCUUUGAUCUCUUGAACACUUCAUCUUUCUCUUCAAUUUAAUAUUUCUACUCACCAUAUAGAUUAUAAUAUAUACUGAUAGAUCAUUGGUACUUAAGAUGGAAACAAAGAUUACUACUGGCUUUUCUGCAGCUAUUCCUGUUCCUGAAUUGCUUGACAAACAUAAUUAUCCGGAAUGGGCGAUUCGGGUGUGAACCUACUUGAAGGGUCAAGAUCUUUGGAAGGUCAUCACUGACAGAGACGAAAAUGCGCCAGCUUAUGAAAAUGAUGAUGUUGAUGAUGAUGGUGUCGACGAUGAUGCUGCUGUUGCUACUAUUAACGUUCGUAGAAGGAGGAAUUUCUUGGCUUUACACGUGAUCCAGAUUUCAUGCGGUCCAGACGCAUUUUCCGAGAUUAGGACAGUUUUUUCGGCCAAGGCUGCUUGGCAAACUUUGGAAAAGAAGUAUCUGAUCGUGCUUGAUACGGGCAACAUUGACAAGAGCUAUCUUCAGUAUGCCGACUUGUACAGGGCUGUGCAUCGUGGUAAUUUGACUGCUACAAAGGACUUCCUUGAUUAUCAACCGGAGGCAGUAAGCAAGGCAAUCACAAAUAAAGGCCAAACGGCUCUUCACAUUGCUGUUGCUACUGGACAUGCCCAUAUAGUCAGGGAGUUGGUGAGUCGAAUGUCGACAGAAGACUUGGGAAUUGAAGAUGGUGAUGGUUACACAGCUCUAAUAACGGCUCUUGUGUAUGAAAGAUCCAAACUGGCGCUCUACUUGUAUCCUCUCACUUCGUUGAAUCAUGAUGAUCUGGUGCUUGUAGAAAAACGCCGCCAAGGAGCUAUGCUCCUUAACCGUGCAAUAUCUUCCAGAAAUUUGGAUCUUGCUUUGCAUUUAAUUCGGCUUUACCCAAGUUUGACACAUGCUCUUGACGACCGCGGCGAGUCCCCCCUCUUAGCAUUGGCUUCUAUGCGGAACGCAUUUCCGAGUGGAAAUCGACUCGUCUUCUGGAAACAAUGGAUCUAUAACUGUAUAUGCAUUCAUCCAUCAGCUCUUGGCACCACCAUUGAAACUCGUUUGAACACUCCCAACGUUGAAUCAGGUAAUCAAUCGGCUCCAGCCACCUUUGAAACUCGUUUGAACAUUCCCAACGUUGAAAAUGGCCGCCAACGCAAUCAAGUAAUUACAAGGAUCAAAUCAGUGACAGCAGUACUGUUGCGCCACCUAAUUUCAGUUGUCCUCUACUUGUGGGCCGUGCCAGCAGUACUGUUGCGCCGCCUAAUUUCAGUUGUCCUCUACUUGUGGGCCGCGCCAGUGUUACGGCGCGAUCUAUCUUCAUCAAUUUAUGUCAACGACUUGGUAGAGGCAUAUCUUUUAUUAACAGGAAAGAUGACUAUAGAAGAUUUGGUGGUAAUAGUAGUAAUGUCGCUCCACCUAACUCUAAUUUUGUUGGCCGCAAUUGGGAAAGCAAUCAUGCAAUUGUAUGAAAUGAAGAAGCUCCAUAUCCAAUCCCAGGAACUUCUUUCCUGCAUGUGCGAGGAGAUAUCAACAUCAUUCAUACAAACUGGACAGCUUGAAAACAUUGGUGGAGUUUGUGAUGCAAUCACCCUUGCUGUAAAGAAUGGGAUUUCCGAGUUUGUUCUUAAGGUAGCGAGGACACAUCCGAGCUUUUUGGAAAAUAAAUAUAGAAAUUCGAGGAACAUACUCAUGCUUGCUGUUCUGUAUCGCCAAUCUGAGAUCUUUAGCAAUAUAUAUCAUGGGUUUGAUAUGGAGAACACUUUGACAUCUUAUGGAGAUUGCAACGAUGACAACAUAUUACAUAUGGUAGGGAUGAUAGAAGAUUCUACUAUGCUCAAUCAAAUCUCUGGUGCAGCUUUACAGAUGCAAAGAGAAUUACAAUGGUUUAAGAUUCAAGAGUUGCGUUUAGAAAAUCCUAAUGACGUAUCUGAUGACAUAUAUGCACUAGCUUGUGGACCAGACCCAUGGGUCCAAUCAUUUUCUGCUUGCAUCAUGAAUGGCACCAGAUUUCACACAGUGUCCCGUGGUCAACAUCGCCGAACUCAAAAUAGUGGGGUGGUUGUAAAAGGGGAACACCAAUCAAAAGCUGUCGAUUUUUAUGGAGUAUUACAUGAUAUUUUGCAAUUACAAUACAUGGGUUGGCAUCAUGUAUAUUGGUUUAAAUAUGAGUGGUUUGAUGUCGGUGAUGCAAAGAGAGGAAUACAUGUUGGUGACCACGUAACUAGUGUCAACACUUCUCGAAAAUGGUAUAAGGGUAAGCCAUUAGCCCUUGUCUGUCAGGCAACCCAAGUGUUUUACCUUCAAGACAAUAGUAAACAUGGCAAUUGGGCUGUUGUGCAAAGGGUGACAAGUAGAAACAUGUACAAUGUUCCAACGACACCCUUGGAAACUAAAGAUGAUGAUUAUGAGCAGAAUCUGAAUUUUGAGGCUUUUCAAGAAAAUGAACCAUCGUACAUGGUCGCAGAACCUGAAAACGGAAGUGAUGGCAUUAGUUCUCCCUUGCAUAGGACUGAUGGAGAACUAAUCGACGUUGUUGCUGAUACAAUUUUCCAACAGGGCAUAUCCCUUCCCGAUGAUGAAGACUUCAUUGAUGACGAGACAGAUAGUGGGAAUUCAUCUGAAAAUGGUGACGUGAGGCUACCCGUCAUGUAGAAGGACUACUGAGGCUACCUGUGAGGUUCGAAUAGCUACUGAAUGGUACAGAGAUGAUGGAUAUUAAAUCGAGCAAAGACCAACAAUGCAGAGUACUCAAACCUCAUUAUUAUGGGAGUGCAACCCGAUGGGUGACUUAAAUCUGGAAUGAUGUGGAUGCUGUUAGAAAAGGACCACAUUCAUGAAUUUGUUGUAAACUAAAUGCACUAGGUUUUGUAGACAUGCAGGCUGGUCCAAAAAAUACCUUUUGGAUCUUCUUGUUUUGUGGAAAUGUUUUAGUAGUUGUUGGACAGAUAUUGGACAUAUUAUGUACAAUGUUAUGUGAAAUUAUUGGCAGGAUUGUAAUUUUAUGGCCAAUGGUUUUUCAAUAUAAAUGAUUAUUAUGCCUACUUGUAAAAUGAAAACAAGUUUGCGGUAGGGAGGUUGUAUUUUGUGCGUCCA